AUGGAGGUGAGGAAUCACACUUUGGUUACAGAGUUCAUCCUGCUGGGCAUCCCACACACAGAAGGGCAAGAAACCAUGCUCUUUGUUGUGUUCUCCGUCUUCUACCUCUGCACCCUACUAGGAAAUCUGCUCAUCCUUGUGGCUGUGAUGUCUGACUCCCACCUCCACACUCCUAUGUAUUUCUUUCUUUGUAACCUCUCUGUGCUAGAUAUUGGCUUCUCUUCUGUGAGCACACCGAAGAUGUUGGCCAACCUGCUGGUGAGGAACCGAGUCAUCUCCCUGGGGGGCUGCAUGUCUCAGGUCUUUUUUUACCACUUCCUCGGCAGCACUGAGUGUCUGCUCUACACGGUGAUGGCGUAUGACCGGUUUGCUGCCAUCUGCCACCCACUGCGUUACACCACCAUCAUGAACCGCCGGGUGUGUGCCCUGCUGGCUGCUGGCACCUGGUUUACUAGCUCUUUUCACGCCACAAUUCUCACCACGCUGACCUUCCAACUGCCCUACUGUGGGUCUAAUGAGGUAGACUAUUUCUUUUGUGACAUCUUUCCUGUAGUCAAAUUGGCGUGUGGUAACACCCUCAUCAUUGAGACAGUGAGCUUCACCAACAUCGGCCUUGUGCCCAUGAUGUGUUUUCUGCUCAUCCUUGCCUCUUACAUCCGCAUUGUCAUUGCAAUCCUAAAGAUGCACUCUGCUGAGGGGAGGCGCAAGGCAGCGUCUACCUGUGUCUCCCACCUCUCGGUGGUCACACUGUUCUUUGGGCCCUGUGCCCUCAUCUAUACCCAGCCAUCUUUGAGCGAGGUACUCGUAACCCCAGUGCAAAUCUUUGGCAAUGUAGUCACCCCCAUGCUGAACCCCACAAUCUACACUCUGAGAAACAAAGAUGUCAAAGGAGCCUUGAAAAAACUGGGUACGGGCCAGAUAGUUUCAGGUCACUAG